GCGCCGCCCGGGCUGGGUCCGGCCGAGGGAAGAUGGCGGCCGCUGGGGCUCGGCGCCGCCGGCUGGAGUCUGACGUGGGGGCGGCCGCUCUGGCCGCGGUAUGAGCCGCCCGGCCCCGCCCCAGCGCCCGCGUCUCGCUGCUCCCGGCUCGGCCAGGCCUCGCCAUGGCCCGGCUGGCGGAUUACUUCGUGCUGGUGGGCUACGAGCUGGACAAGCGGGGGAGCAGAGAUGGCCAGGGGCAGAUACUCCAGCGCUUCCCGGAGAAGGACUGGGAGGAUAACCCCUUCCCACAGGGCAUUGAACUGUUUUGUCAGCCGAGCGGUUGGCAGCUCUUCACCGAGCGGAAUCCCCCCACCUUCUUCGUUGCCGUGCUGACGGACAUCAGCUCCGAGCGACAUUACUGCGCCUGCUUCACCUUCUGGGAGGCCGUUGAGAGUGCCCAGUCUCAGAGCCACUCGAGGAACGGUGAGGAGGAGGAAGAGGCGUCGGCGUCCCACGUCCAGCCUGCACAGCUCUUUGCUCCCAAGAGUCUGGUGCUAGUGUCACGACUGGACCACACGGAGGUUUUCCGGAACAGCCUGGGUUUGAUCUACACCAUCUAUGUGGACGGGCUGAGUGCAUCGCUGGAGAACGUCAUUGGAAACCUCUUGACAUGCACCAUCCCCAUUACAGGGGGAGCUCAGCCUGACGUGGAGGACGAAAGAGCGAGGACGAUCUCUCUAGGGGCAGGCGACAGGCAGGUGAUCCAGACGCCCAUCAAUGACUCUCUUCCCGUCAGCAGCUGCAGCGUAGCACUGCUCUUCCGGCAGCUCGGGAUCACCAAUGUGCUGUGUCUCUUCUGUGCUGCACUCACCGAACACAAGAUCCUGUUUCUCUCCAGCAGUUACCAGAGACUCACGGACGCCUGCCGGGCCCUGCUUGCGCUCAUGUUCCCCCUCAAGUACAGUUUCACGUACGUGCCCAUCUUACCUGCACAGCUCCUUGAGGUGCUGAGCACGCCCACGCCCUUCAUCAUUGGAGUCAGCUCCAUCUUCCACUCGGAGACGCAGGAACUGUUGGAUGUCGUCAUAGCAGAUCUGGAUGGAGGGACGGUGACCAUCCCAGAGUGCAUUCACAUCUCCCUGCUGCCUGAGCCACUGCUCCAUCAGACACGAGAAGCCCUCUCCAUGAUCUUGGACCCUGAGCUGGAGGUAGCAGACUUAGCAUUCCCCCCAUCAACCGUCUCUGCCCCCUCCCUCAAAAUGCAGGACAAGGAGAUCCGGGCUGUCUUCCUCCGCUUGUUCGCACAGCUGCUGCAGGGCUACCGCUGGUGCCUGCACAUCAUCCGCAUCCACCCAGAGCCAGUCAUCCGCUUCCACAAGGCAGCCUUCCUCGGUCAAAGGGGGCUGGUGGAGGAUGACUUCCUCACCAAGGUCCUGGAAGGCAUGGCAUUCGCUGGCUUUGUGACGGAGAGGGGUGCCCCAUACCGAGCAAUUGACCUGUUUGAUGAGCUGGUUGCCUAUGAAGUGAAGCGGAUGCGUGCCGAGGAGGGGAGCAAGCAGAAAAUACUGCAGCACAUCAAGGAGCUGGCAGAGCAGCUCUAUAAAAACGAGAACCCAUACCCCGCAGUGACGAUGCACAAGGUGCAGAAGCCCACAGAAGGCUGCUACCUGCGCCUACACCAGAGGCCUUUUCCCCGCUUGGACGAGGGGACAGUCCAGUGGAUCAUCGACCAGGCCACUGCCAAGCUGCAGACAGCCCCGCCGGCUGUGAAGGCGGAGAAGAAGUGUAUGGUGCCAUCGGGACCCCCCAUUGCUGCCAUCAUGGAGCGCAAUGGCAGUGCCCUGGCCAACAGCGCCCGCCGCCUGGAGGUGGUCAGGAACUGCAUCUCCUAUGUCUUCGAGAACAAGAUGCUAGAAGCCAAAAAGCUGCUUCCAGCUGUGCUAAGGGCCAUGAAGGGCCGAGCAGCCAGACACUGCCUGACCCAGGAGUUGAACCUGCAUGUGCAGCAGAACAGGGCCGUACUGGACCACCAACAAUUUGACUUCAUUGUCCGCAUGAUGAACUGCUGUUUACAGGACUGCACUGCCAUGGAUGAGCAUGGGAUUGCAGCAGCGCUUUUGCCACUAGUCACUGCUUUCUGCCGAAAACUGAGCCCGGGCAUCACGCAGUUUGCCUACAGCUGUGUGCAGGAACAUGUAGUGUGGACCAACAUCCAGUUCUGGGAGGCCAUGUUCUACUGCGACGUGCAGAACCACAUCCGAGCCCUGUACCUGGAGAGCAACGGGGAGAACCACGUGGAUGAGGAGGGCAAGGAGGGACCUCAGGAAGAGAAAUCCGCCCUGGAGAUUGCGUCGGAGCAGCGGCGGCUGUGGCCUACCAUGAGCCGGGAGAAGCAGCAGGAGCUGAUCCAGAAGGAGGAGAGCACAGUCUUCAGCCAGGCCAUCCACUAUGCCAACCGCAUGAGCUACCUGCUGCUGCCCCUCGACACCAGCAAGAACCGGCUGCUGCGCAGCUCGGGGCUGGGCGACGUGGAGAGCGUCAGCAACAGCUUUGUCACCAACAGCAUUGCCGGCAGCGUGGCCGAAAGCUACGACACGGAAAGUGGGUUUGAGGAUGCCGAGAGCUCCGAUGUGGCCAACUACGUGGUCCGCUUCAUCAACCGCUUCGUGGACAAGGUGUGCACAGAGAGCGGCGUCACCAACGAGCACCUGAAGGGGCUGCACAUCAUGAUCCCCGACAUCGUGCAGAUGCACAUAGAGACACUGGAUGCUGUGCACAGGGAGAGCAAGAGGCUCCCUCCUAUUCAGAAGCCCAAGCUGCUGCGCCCCAGCCUGCUGGUGGGCGAGGAGUGCGUCAUGGAAGGGCUCCGUGUGUACCUCAUGCCCGACGGACGUGAAGAAGCUGCCGGAGGGAAUAUUGGGGGCCCCCCACUGCUCCCCGCGGAAGGAGCCAUCUUCCUCACCACUUACCGCAUCGUUUUCAAGGGCACACCCUCGGACCCGCUGGUGGGGGAGCAGGUGGUGAUCCGGUCCUUCCCCAUUGCCUCAUUGACCAAAGAGAAGAAGAUCAGCACCACGGUCCAGACAGAUCAGUUCAUCCAGGAGGGGCUGCAGCUGCGCUCAUGCACAUUCCAGUUGCUGCGGAUCGCCUUCGACGUGGAGGUGGCUUCAGAGAGCGCCGAGGUCUUCAGGAAGCACCUGCACAAGCUGCGCUAUCCCCAGCACGUACGCGGCACCUUCGCCUUCACCGUGGGCCAGUCGCCCAAGCAAGCCAUGCAGCCCAAGGCCAAGGAGAAAAACCCCUCACUCAGCUCCCAGCAGGUGACCGAUAUGUUCCAGGGCCUGGCAGUGGGUGUCAUAUCCCUUGGGCACCUUGGCCAUUCAUCCACGACGCUUUCCAAGAACCUGGUGAAGAAUGCCAAGAAGACCAUUGGCCGCCAAUACGUGACCCGCAAGAAGUACACACCGCCUGCCUGGGAGCAUCGCAGCAGCCAGCACUUCCAGGAGGACGAUGAGGAUGAGAUCUCAGUGUCUGAAGAGAUAGACAGGAGCACCCUGACCCCCUCCACUGUCAUCAAACCUUCAGACAAGAUGACCAUGAGCCACCUAGUAGAGCGAGCCUGCUGCCGCGACUAUCAGAGGAUGGGGCUGGGCACGCUGAGUAACAGCCUCACCCGCUCCAAGAACGAGCCCUUCCGCAUCUCCACGGUGAACCGCAUGUACGCCAUCUGCCGGAGUUACCCCGGGCUGCUGAUCGUCCCGCAGAGCAUCCAGGACAACACCAUCCAGAGGAUCUCGCGGUGCUACCGCCAGAACCGCUUCCCUGUCGUCUGCUGGAGGAACUCCCGCACCAAGGCCGUGCUGCUGAGAUCGGGGGGACUGCAUGGCAAGGGCGUGGUGGGCCUCUUCAAGUCGCAGAACACCCCUGCUGCAGGCCCGUCGCAAACAGACUCCACCAGCCUGGAGCAGGAGAAGUACCUGCAGGCCGUGAUUAACUCCAUGCCGCACUACGCUGACGCCAGCGGGCGCAAUACGCUCAGCGGCUUCACCUCUGCGCACAUGAGCAGCGCCGAUUCUUCCGACAAGAGGCAGCCCAAGCUGGGAUCGCUCAUGAAGCAGGUGAUGGGAGGGAAGGACGAUGGGCCAGGCACUAUUAGCCGAGGAGUGCUAGGUCCCAGAGCUAGGGUGGUCACUCUGUCCACCCCCAAGGGUGCAUCGGUGAAGGGCCGCGAAAGUCCCCGAGGCAAGUGGGGCAGCAUCCGGGCCAGCGGACGCAUGAGCAACUACGUCUUGAACAUGGAAAUUGGGUCCCGCCUGGCUGGGAAGGACCUGCUGAGCGCUCAGCACAACGGGGCCCCCUCUGAGGCCAGCUUCCUGCGCCAGCACCGGGCCUCCCUCUACAUCAUUGGGGACAAGUCGCAGCUGAAGGGAGCGAAGCCAGACCCGUUGCAGCACUGGGAGGUAGUGCCCAUCGAAGUGUUUGACGUGCGACAGGUGAAGGCCAGCUUCAAGAAGCUGAUAAAGGCCUGCGUGCCCGGCAGCCCCUCAACAGACCCCAGCCUCACGUACCUGCGGACCCUGGAGGAGUCCGAAUGGCUGUCCCAGAUCCACAAGAUCCUGCAGAUUUCCGUGCUGGUGGUGGAGCUGCUGGAUACAGGCUCCUCUGUGCUGGUCAGUCUGGAGGAUGGCUGGGAUAUCACCACGCAGGUGGUGUCCCUGGUGCAGCUGCUGUCAGACCCCUACUACCGGACAAUGGAGGGCUUCCGGCUCCUCGUUGAGAAGGAGUGGCUGUCCUUUGGACACCGCUUCAGCCACCGCGGAGCCCAGACCCUCGCUGCUCAGAGCAGCGGCUUCGCUCCUGUCUUCCUGCAGUUCCUGGACUGUGUCCAUCAGAUCCACCUCCAGUUCCCCAUGGAGUUUGAGUUCACCCAGUACUACCUGAAGUUCCUCAGCUACCACUACGUCUCCAAUCGCUUCCGCACCUUCCUGCUGGACUCGGACUACGAGCGGAUCGAGCUGGGCCUCCUGUAUGAGGAGAAGGGCGAGCGGAAGAGCCAGCAGGUCUACAAGUCCAUCUGGGAUUACAUCGACCGGCUGAACAAGAAAACCCCCGUCUUCUUCAACUACAUGUACGCCCCCGAGGAUGGUGAGGUGCUGAGGCCCUACAGUAACAUCUCCAACCUGAAGGUGUGGGACUACUACACCCAGGAGGUCCUGUCCGAGGGCCCCUCCUACGACUGGGAGCUGGUGCAGGGGCAGCCAGAGCAAGUGGAGGAGGUAGAUCGGCAGGACUCCAGUGCCCCGCAGACCAAGCGCAAAAUCAUCUGGCCGUGUUACGACAACCGCAGCCGAGUGGAGCCCGAUGCCAUCUCCAAGCUGCUGGAGGAGCUGCACAACCUGGAGGCGGAGCUGGGCCAGGUGCCGGAGUGCUGGAAGGACGUGUGGGACAAGGUCAAAGCCUCCCAGCGCACAGAGACCCGGCAGGAGGUCAGCAGGAUGGCGUCCAGUUCCCUGCUGAUGUCCUCCAGCCUGUUGCCCCACCGGCGCUCGCUGGGGGUCUACCUGCAGGAGAGCGGCGUGGGCUCCACCCUCAACCUCAGCCUGGACAGCGACACCAGCAGCACCUCCACCCCGUCCAGUGGGAAGCAGGGGGGCCGCAAGAGCACCAGCAACCUCUACAGCCAGUUCCAGAUGUCGGAGAGCGAGAACAGGUCCUACGAGGGGACGCUCUACAAGAAAGGAGCCUUCAUGAAGCCCUGGAAGCCCCGCUGGUUCGUGCUGGAUAAAACCAAACAUCAGCUGCGGUACUACGACAACCGGAAUGACACCGAGUGCAAAGGGGUCAUUGACCUGGCAGAAGUGGAGUCUAUCACCCCUGGCACCCCCACCAUGGGGGCCCCCAAGACAGUGGAGGAGAAGGCCUUCUUCGACCUGAAGACGACGAAACGAGUUUACAAUUUCUGUGCCCAGGACGUGCAGCUGGCCCAGCAGUGGAUCGACCGCAUCCAGAGCUGCUUGUCGGACGCGUGAGCCUGGCUCAGCAGCAGCCCCCGUUCCAGGCACCGAGCCCCCGGGCCCUGGCGCGUGAAGCAGAGGCAAUGCCCAGGGUUAGCACCUGAGCUGGCCCAGGUCUGACUGACUGAGGAGGAGGUGGCCGGAGGCCUGACUCUCCCCCACUGCCAGGGGCACAUCAUACCGCAAAGCCCCAGGCCCCCUGCGUGCUCAAGGACAGAAGCAGGGGUCAGGGCAGGAUCAGUCUGUUACACUAUGGUAGGAACUGUCCAGUGCAGGAACUAAUUGCAUUGAAGUGUCAGGCUGGGGCAGUGGGGAGCCAUUCUUACAACCCCCACUAAGCCUGUCUGAGCCACAUAAUUACCGGCUCUCACCCCUGGCAGGACACUGGCCUCGGGUCCCCGGCUGGGCAGCACAGCUCCCACCCCUGGCAGGACAUGGGCCUCGGGUCCUGGCUCCCACCCCGGCAGGACACGGCGUUUGUCUGAGCAGUGCUCUGGUUCUCUUGUGAAUGCUGCCGUGGGGUUUUUCUGGCCCGUUGCUGGGAGAGGCUCCAGGAGGUGCUGUGCAUUGAACCCGCCACCCCCACCCUGUGCCAUUGGGGAGCAGCCGGAGCUUUCCCCGGUUACCCCUCUGCACCCCCAAGAGCUGCCCGUGAACUUGCACAUCCAAUCUGUAAAUCCACGUGACCCAGACUGUGCUCUGCUGACCUGCCGCCAGCCCCUUGGGGCGCUUGGCCCAGCCCUUGUGAGCUCAGGGUUAGCCUGCCCAGCCAGGCCAGAAGAGAGCUCCAUGGACAGGAGGCUGAGAGCGCUGGGACCAUCCUGCCCACCCCAAGUCCAGCAACUGGGCCAGAUCCCGCCCUGGGGACAGGCACGAUCUUCGCUGGCAGUGUCUGGGCACCAGUGAGGGCUGCCUGGCUAUCCCAGCCUGGGGGGAAGAGGGGCCUCCUCCCUGUCCUGCUCUGGUGGGAUGGGUGGUCUCUCAUUAGCAGUAUUGUAGCUUUAGAGUCUGCCCCUAGCAGGGAAGGGGGGAGACUGAGGCCUGGGACCUUCUUCACCCAACCAUGUCCCGCCUGCUGUCAUGGGACUUGGCUCUGGCACAGCCCUGGAGCCCCUCUCCCUCUCCUUGCAGUGACUGUGGGGAGAGGACGCUGUGUGGCUGGGUUCUGGCGGGGCCGUUGCUCCCAGAGAGGCUCCCUGGGGCGAGUGGUAGAACAGGAUAACAAGGCCAGUCACAGGGACUGUCCACAGGAGCAGUGUGGCAUGAGCCCCUCACCUACCAGCCCUGCUUUGGGCUCACCAGCCACAUGGCCCGAGCUUGGAGAUCACAGCAUAGAGCUGCUGCCUUUUCUCUGUCAGCUCUCGGGGCUCUCCCCUGCUUUGCAGCCCCAGCCCCUACAGCUUGUGCUUGGAUCGCUGCAGCCCAGCCCCAGCCCCAUGGCAUGCGGCGGCAAAUCUCCACGCAGCCACUGUAUGCCAGCUGCAGAGCGAGGCCUCCACUCUGAGCUGGGAUGUGCCCCAGCCUCCAUGGGGGCUGACCUCAGCUCCUUGAGAUCCCCAGAGUGCAAUGGAGCCAUCGUGCUGGGGUGUUCAGGGCUCAGCUCCUGACCCCACCUGAGCUGUGUACCAGGGACAAGCUUGUACUUCAGCCCCUGCUCUCUAGCACCUCCACUGAGCCCAGCCCUGCUGCCCUCCCCAGCCCGCUUCCUGCUGUAACUUAUUGUCAGUGCAAAGGUGGAAUCAUGAGACUGAGGCGAUGGCAUCUCUGGUACAGAAACAAAUCCUUUAUCCUCCCCGUUUGCACCGUGGCAAGCUUAGCCCCCAGCAGCUCACAUGCUAGAGCCGUGUGCUUGUCCCAAACCCAGCGGGCACCUGCGUGUGGUCCCCUGGGGCUAAGGAGCUGCCUGUUCACGCGAGACCGUACCUGGCCUCGGUAGCACCCCCCAUCGGUUAGAGUUCACCACCUUCCUGCCAUUGCUCCUUGGGCCUGGGACCUGCCCUUUCCCUCCCCCCUCCUGCUGCUCAAAGCCAGGGUGGCUGACCGUUCUACCUGUCUUGUUUUUAAAGGAGUACCAUGUUUUAUUUCAGUGCAGAGCUCUUUGUACAGUCUUAACCCCAGGGUCCCCUCUUCCUUUCCCUGUAUGAUAAUGGCAGUGGCAGGUAGCUGGUGCAACAGGGAGGUUUUUGUAACUUCCCGGAGCAGUUGUAGAUUAUUGAAGUUUCUGUACAUUGUGUCAACCAAACAGAGUCCUUGUAUUGUAUUGUGCCUAGAGGGAAAAUGUUGUUAUAUAAAGAGAGAACUAACUGAAUUUAAUAAAAAAUUAAUAUGCA